AGAAGUAGGUAAUAUAGAAAUGGGUAAUAAUAGAGAAGUAGGUAAUAUAGAAGUUAGUAAUAAUAAAGAAGUAGGUAAUAUAGAAGUGAGUAAUAAUAGAGAAGUGGGUAAUCUAGAGACAGAAAAAGUGGAUAAUAUAGAAGUGGAAAAAGUAGUAAGUAAUAUAGAAACAGGAGAAGCGAGUAAUAUAGAAAUAAGAAAAGUGGAUAAUAUAGAAGUGGGAAAAAUGAAUAAUAUAGAAGUAGAAAAAUGGAUAAUAUAG